GGAGGGGAUCUGAAAGUAGGAACUUUGAACUGCACGUUCCCUGUUAAAGGGCAUCUUGAGAGUUGAGAAUUGGACUGUAAACAUGUGACAAGAUUAUGUGUUAAGAAAGGAUUUGAAUCCACACUGGUGACUGUGAAGUUGAAGCUACACAUUUGUAGCUGUGCCAGAUUAGUUAAUGCAACAUAGAAGGAGACAAGGAUGAGUGUUCUCUGACAUGGCUUUGCAGUGCAAGAUACAAACAUUGCAAGUGGUGGACACUGAAUAUAGUGCAGAUGCUGUGGAGUGGUGCCCUGUAGAAGGCUGGCACAACAUCCUGGCAUGUGGCACCUACCAGCUGAAGAAACCUGAUAGCAUGAGCACUGAUGAGAGCAAUGAGCCCCAUGUCCGGCUGGGCCGACUCUACCUGUAUUACUUUGAAGAACAGAUUUUUGCACCACUGACUGAGGUCCAGAGGCUAGAAACAGCUGCUGUGCUGGAUAUUAAAUGGUCCCAUGUUCCUGUUGCAGAACAUCCCUUGCUGGCCAUUGCAAAUGCUAAAGGAGUAGUAGAGCUUUGCUGCCUGACAGGAAGUGAGUAGAAGAGCUGCAGGCUGGAGCCGCUAUGCAGCAUUGACCUAGGAGAUGAAUGCCUUGCUUUGUCUCUGGACUGGUCUACGGGACGAAAGCAGGGGGGAUGCCCCUUGCAGUUGGUCAGCAGUGAUUCCAAAGGGAGAUUGAGCUUGCUGUCUGUCGAUGAAUCGUCUCCUUCUGUGCACAUCCUGGAACAGUGGAAGGCACAUGACUUUGAGGCCUGGAUUGCUGCAUUUGACUACUGGAACACACACGUUAUCUACUCAGGUGGAGAUGAUUCCAAACUAAGGGUCUGGGAUGUCCGUGGCAGUCCAAAGGCUCCUGUUUUCACAAGUGAGAGGCACUCAAUGGGGGUAUGCAGUAUUCAGUGCCAUCCACUCCGGGAGAAUCUGCUGGCCACAGGAAGCUAUGAUGAACACGUUCUCCUGUGGGACACCCGAAAUAUGAAACAAUCAUUGACAGACACCCAUGUGCAGGGUGGAGUGUGGCGGCUGAAAUGGCAUCCAACAAGGGAGCACUUACUGCUGGCAGCCUGUAUGCACAAUGGCUUCAAAAUCCUCAAUUGCCAAGGUGCUAUGGCAGAGAACAAAGAAAGAUGCCCUGUUCUUUCAUCCUAUGUCUUGCAUAAUUCCUUGGCUUAUGGAGCUGAUUGGUCAAGGCUUACCCUGAACGAUCCCUUGGUAUGGUCUACGGAGGUGCCGGUGGUUCAUGUAGAUGAAGGAGCGAGAAGAGUGGAUCUUGAAGUCCAGAACCUGAAGAUAGUUUAUGAAUCUCCCACUGCCACCUUUGAUGUGUUCUUAGAUGAGGAUCAAACCCCUACCUUGCCUCCCCAAAUAGAAGGAAGCCUUGACUUUCAAGGACCAGGUCCUGGUGGGAAUGGUUCAAAUACCAAAGUAUACAACAAAACUGAACUGUCCAAAGCCCAAAGAGAAACCAGCCUCCUGGCAACAUGUUCCUUCUAUGACAAUGUCCUACAUGUUUGGAAAUGGGAAGCUAGCCAGACUAUCUCUUCCGUCUAGAUAUCGUUAUCAACAUUCUGGAGUAAAGUUCUGGCCCAUUUUCCUUUCUCCUUAGUGGACCCUUUUAGCACUAGGAGAGAGUAGAGGAAGCUGUUGAGGCAGAACUUCUGUGCUGGACCCAUUGUUAUUACUAUGUAUUUUUGUACAUCAGGUUUCUAGCUUUAUUCCUGGGGUCUUGUGGCUCUGAGAGCUUUGAAAACUCCUUGGAUAUUUGUUGAUCUUUUGGGUUAGUUACAUUGGAUUAAUUCUGUCUCUGCAGUUGGAAGUGUGUCCUUGUAAAGACUAAGGACUUCAAGUAUAGCACAAAUUAAGAUAUCUGAGGAUUUUUAAAAAAUUUUUUGCUAGAAGCACGUUGUAUUCAUAGCACUUCCUCCAUGAGAUGGGAUAAGGUUCUACUGCUACCUACAUCCAGCAUCUUAAUCCCUUUUAACUUUCAUUGUAAAAGAAGCCCGUCUUUGGUAUAUUGGAAGACUGGGGAGCAGCAAGAGAGACAAGCCUUAUUAGCCCCUUUUAGUUGGGGAAUUAAGCUUUCCUAGUUUGGCCCAUCUCUUCUGUAAACUGGCUCUGGGUUAAGAUAGCUACCACCUACUACUAUGAAGUUUUAAGUAUUGCUUCCAUUACAGAAUGAAAGAACACCAGCAACAGACACCAUUAAUAGCAAAGAUACUUUCUUGAAACCUAGAAGACGACCAUGCAGGUUCCUUAACGCUGCAAGAAUCCUUGAAGGGCAAACAUUUCUCUUGAAACACUAUUCCUACCACCUAGGACACUUAUGUACAAAUAUGCACACUGUGAACAAAUCACUUGUUUAAAGUAUAUAUUUUGGACCUUUCUAAAAUAAAAACAGCUAUGACUUCUA